CGUGUACUAGUGUGCCAGUCCCUAACAGGCUGACUCCAGGCCAAGGUUUAUCUUGCAGGCACUGUUUGCCUGGGAAACCCUGGCAGGGAGCUGCUUUCACCAGCUCACAGUGUCCUGACCCUCUGAAACUUGAAGCUGCUGACUUCUAACCCUGUUUUCUCCAGGCUGUGCUUGGGGCUAAAGCUCCCUGUCCCAAUCCUGCCUUCAUCGCUUCUGGGGAAAUCUUCUCAGGAGCUUUUAGGUCUGCCUUGCUGCUGCAGUGAAACGCAGAUGCCUUUUGUGUACCUCAGAUUUUAAAACAAGAGGAAUUUGCCCCAAGGGACUGAAACUGAAAGUGUCCCCAGGCUACAGAUAUCUCUGGGAUCCUGUGAACAUGCAGAGUCACACUCACAGGCAGAAGUUGAUAGAAGUCAUGAGGUUGUGGCUAAGAGGCCUGGCCUGCCAGGCUCUGAGGAGUUCCUGGGGAGUCUGCAGGAUUCACACACAGCCACCACCUCCCCCGAUCCCUGAGGUGGUAGCUACCUGGGAAGCCAUCAGCCUGGGGAGGCAGCCAGUGCCCGAGUACUUCAACUUUGCUCAUGAUGUGUUGGAUGUGUGGAGUCAGCUGGAAAAGACAGGGCACCGGCCCCCAAAUCCUGCAUUCUGGUGGGUGAACGGCUCAGGAACAGAAGUCAAGUGGACAUUUGAGGAGCUGGGGAAGCAGUCGAGGAAGGCAGCCAAUGUCUUAGAGGGUGUGUGUGGCCUGCAACCUGGAGACAGAAUGAUGCUGGUGCUUCCGAGACUCCCAGAUUGGUGGCUGAUCAGCGUGGCUUGUAUGCGAACAGGUGUGGUCAUGAUCCCAGGAGUCUCCCAGCUGACAGCGAAGGAUCUCAAGUAUCGGCUGCAGGCUGCCAGGGCCAAGUCUAUCGUCACCAGUGAUGCCCUAGCUCCGCAAGUGGAUGCCAUCAGUGCUGACUGUCCCUCCCUCCAAACCAAGCUUCUGGUGUCUGACACCAGCCGUCCAGGCUGGAUCAAUUUCCGAGAACUCCUGAGAGCGGCUUCUCCAGAGCACAACUGUGUGAGAACCAGAAGUGGAGAUUCAGUGGCCAUCUACUUCACCAGUGGAACCACAGGGGCCCCCAAGAUGGUGGAACAUUCCCAGUCCAGCUAUGGAUUGGGUUUUGUGGCCAGUGGAAGGAGGUGGAUGGCCUUGACUGAGUCUGACAUAUUCUGGAACACAACUGACACUGGAUGGGUGAAAGCAGCCUGGACCCUCUUCUCUGCCUGGUCCAAUGGAGCUUGCAUUUUUGUGCAUGAGCUGCCCCGAGUUGAUGCCAAAACUAUUCUAAAUACUCUCUGCAGGUUCCCAAUAACCACCCUGUGCUGUGUCCCAACCCUCUUCCGGCUGCUUGUACAAGAGGAUCUGACAAGGUACAAGUUCCAAUGUCUGAGGCACUGUUUGACGGGUGGAGAGGCCCUCAACCCUGAUGUGAGGGACAAGUGGAAGAGCCAGACAGGCCUGGAGCUCCAUGAAGGCUAUGGACAAUCAGAAACAGUUGUCAUCUGUGGCAAUUCAAGAAACUCGACAAUCAAGUCUGGAUCUAUGGGGAAAGCAAGCCCACCUUACGAUGUGCAGAUUGUAGAUGAGGAGGGCAAUGUCCUGCCUCCAGGAAAAGAGGGAAAUAUUGCUGUCCGAAUCAAGCCUACUAGACCCUUCUGUUUCUUCAACUGCUAUCUGGACAAUCCCGAGAAGACAGCAGCAUCAGAGCAAGGAGACUUUUACAUCACUGGGGACAGAGCACAUAUGGACGAGGAUGGCUACUUUUGGUUCUUGGGGAGAAAUGAUGAUGUAAUCAACUCUUCAAGCUACCGGAUUGGUCCUGUUGAAGUAGAGAGUGCACUUGCUGAGCAUCCAGCUGUCCUGGAGUCUGCUGUGGUCAGCAGCCCAGACCCCAUCCGGGGAGAGGUGGUAAAGGCAUUUAUAGUCCUUUCUCCAGCCUAUGCAUCUCAUGACCCAGAAGCCCUGACCAGGGAACUCCAGGAGCAUGUGAAGACAGUGACUGCUCCAUACAAGUACCCCAGGAAGGUGGCUUUUAUUUCAGAACUGCCAAAGACGGUUUCUGGAAAGAUCCUAAGGAGUAAAUUGAGAAACCAAGAGUGGGGGAGAUGAAAUGCAACCCAAGAGAGAUGCUGCGAUGCACUGAAGGUUCUGAAGGAGAAGGAAGUGGGGCAGGCCAGCUCCUCCUUGGAGUACUAUCCCUUCAAAGAAUAGAUAUCAAAGAUGGUCAGCUUUCAAAUGGGCAUUUUGGGAUAAUGCUGGAAAAUGUAAGAGCAUCCCUGGUCCAGAGCUCACAUACACUGCCCAGUCCAGCAAAUGCCCUACAGCUUAAUUUCCCUCUCUGAAGACAUCCUCAGCAUUGCUUUUACCAAGAGAACUCUGUUUUCCUGGGACAGACAAAUCGGCACAGCCUUAGGGCAUCCUUGGUCUCAUUAUGCCAGUGGGAAUGAAUGUGACCCUUUGGAUGAAGUCAUUUGGCAACAGCAUCUGGGACAUAACAUUGACUGUCAUACCCUUCCAUUUAGACACACUUUUGGGACUCACUAUAAAGAAAAGAUUCGAAAUGCAGAAAACAUUUGAUAUACAAAGAUAUUCAGUGAGAUAGUGCUUAAAACUGAAAACACACACAACUGCCAAAGCAA